UACGAACGGAGGAAAAGAAGAAAAGGGAUGAAAAAAGAAAGAGCAAGGAAGAUAAGGAGACAAAAGAGGAAGAGAAAAUGCAAAGAGAAAGAAAGAAAAGAGGAAGAGACAAAAGAAAAAGGAAAAAGGAAACCGCUAGAACGAGGAGAGAGAUACGAACGGAGGAAAAGAAGAAAAAGGAUGCAAAAAAGAAAGAGAAAGGAAGAUAAGGAGACAAACGAGGAAGAGAAAAGGCGAAGAGAAAGAAAGAAAAGAGGAAGAGACAAGGGAAAAGAAAAAAAGGAGCCGCUAGAACGCGUCGACUCGGUUUGUUUACGUUUUGCCGCGGGGAGUUGCACGUGUGGGCGGCGUUCAAAAGAUCUACGUUUAUUUCACGUUCCUGACCUCGCCCGCCUAUAAAAGACGGGCGUGACAUCGGAGUUACCACAGUGUGCCUUCCCCAGGUCCUCGUUGCUCCAGGGCGUAGCUCCGUUAUCCUGGGGGGCCUAUGGGGGUGCGGGGUACAGGCACCCAUCGCUCCGGGACACCUUGCCUCAGUGCUCAUCUCUGUCAAAUUAAAGACUCAAGAGCUGUGUGAAGAAGCUGAGCAGCGUCUCCCUGGCCUGGGCGUGGAGUGAGCUGGUCCCCUCAUCACCAGCACCAUAGACCAGGGGAUGAGGUGCUCCUGCCCUCCACCACCACCUGGGUGCUGGCACACCCUCCUGGGCAGACCAGAGGAUGUCCACUGUGCUGGUCACUCCACACUCCUAUCAAGGCCGUGCUGGACAGGCUCAGUGACGACUCAGACACACGUCAAAUAUCUUCCCUCAGAGGCACUGACAGGCAUCCUGGCGGGGGGCACCUUUGACAGCCCAGGGCACACCUCCGCCCCUGCCAGCAACCUCAUCACCCGACUGCUAGUUCAGGACCCAGCGCAGUGGUCUAACCCAGAAGAGAUUGCUGCCACGAGUACCUGGCCCCCCCUGACCUUCAGCGACGACCCCGACCCCAUGGAGUGUUCCUGUGACCACGAGUACCACAAGAACAGCGCUGUGCUCCCUGUGGAAGGCUGUGACCUGCCCACCGUCACGGCCGGAGGUCACCAGGAGCAACACAGCAGCAGGAGCCCGGCAGCCAAGAGGAGGAAAACAGCCAAGAAGGGGACGACUUUGAGUGUUAUGAGGAGGAAAACAGCCAAGGAGUGGGACGACUUUGAGUGUUACGAGGAGGAAAACAGCCAAGGAGUGGGACGACUUUGAGUGUUACGAGGAGGAAAACAGCCAAGGAGUGGGACGACUUUGAGUGUUACGAGGAGGAAAACAGCCAAGAAGUGGGAUGACUUUGAGUGUUACGAGGAGGAAAACAGCCAAGAAGGGGACGACUUUGAGUGUUACGAGGAGGAAAACAGCCAAGGAGUGGGAUGACUUUGAGUGUUACGAGGAGGAAAACAGCCAAGAAGGGGACGACUUUGAGUGUUACGAGGAGGAAAACAGCCAAGAAGGGGACGACUUUGAGUGUUACGAGGCCGAGAGCAAGACCAGUGAGGCGGAGGGCUGUGACGGGGCGGACCACCCCAUGCCCGCCCAGCACUUCCAGCUCCCACUCAGAACAGGGAAAAAAAAUGUCCGGAGUGCAAGGAGGAGUUUUCCACGAAGAAGGCCGCCCUGAGCCACCGCUGCCACCAGACCAAGAGGAAGGAGCGUGAGAAAGUGACCUACUCCUGCAAGGGCUGCCUGUGUAGGUUCCUGCUGCGGAGGGAGUACUUGAAGCAUGCCGACGCCUGCUGCAAGAACACUCCCGUCACCUGUAAUCUGUGCCUGGUGAGGAGAGGACACACUCACUUCUUUCUCACUCUGCUGUCACCCCUGUGGUAUGAAUGUGAUGUCUGUUAUCCAUGUCUGUAUCUGUGUCUAUAUCCAUGUCUGCCACAGUCUGCAGUGAUCCAGCUGAUACAGAAAGACCCCAAAAUCUACUUGGCUGUGGUACCUCCUUAGCAACUGGGUAGAGAGUUGUCUUCCCGUCUGGCUGGUCGUGGGUUCAGUCCCCAGCACCGGAGAGUUUAUUUCCCUCUUUCCAGGCUAGAUCAAUUGCUUGUGUUUCAAGUCACUGAGACAAUGUAUAAAUAAAUACAUUGAAGAAGCUUUCAGUGCACAUCAGAUACGUGUAAUCCUAAGCUCAACCUGAGGCAUGGUGAUUCUAUAGGGCUGAAAAGUGUAGCAGCAAUUUCUGCUGCACCCACAGCCAUGGUAUCUUUGAUGGACGCUUCUCUGCCUUUCCUCAUGUGUGUAACUUGUCACUGAUAUGGAUGUGGACCUGAACAUUGACGUGGAUCACACACAAAUGGAUGCCCAGCUGAAUGUUGAACUCAUAGGUAGUGUAUUG